AUGGGCUUCUUCAACCACUGCGAGCCGAAUCGGCGAUUCAACUCCUAUACCGGCGAGACCUUCCCUAGAGGCCCCACGACAUGGCACACCAUCGACUGGGAUCAGCGACGGUACAUAUCGACGACUGUCCGUGAGGAGGUUGAUUUCGUCGAUGGCGCCGACGAAGUUGAGGAACGUGUCAUACAAUCGUUAUCUAAAAUGGUCGAUCAGCUUUCCGCCGAUGUCCUGGUUGUGAACUUCUCAAUCGAGGGCGAUUUGAUCUCGACCUCAUCCGACACCAAAUACGACACUGCCGCAAUCCCACUUUAUUCUCCUGUUGAUAUGAUCCCAGAGAAGUACCGGGACGGAUAUGUAUCAAGAUCUGACCUCAUUGAGGUUGACAGACUGUCCCCGUGUGUGGAUCUCGUCACCUACAGGGACCAGCAUGGUUCAAGAGCCGUGUUCAAAUAUCAGUUCCACCACGAUCAGGCACUAAGGAAUUGGCAUGAGAUGAAUUGUUGGAUGAGACUCAGUGGACAUCCAAAUAUCGUGCCAUUUGAUCGCAUAGUCACAGACCACCAAGAAGUCCCGAGCCAUGGCCCUGUCCACGUUGUGGUUGGCUUUACAUCAGUCUUUGUUCCGGGAUCGACUUUACAGGAUAACCCCUCACGCCUUUGUAAACUCAAGCACCUGGAGCAGCUUCUGAAGGUUGUCGAUGACCUGAAUCUCAAGUUUGGCAUUGUACACCAUGACCUAGCUCCUCGCAACGUCUUGAUCGACCCUAGUACAGACACUUUGCAGCUUUUCGACUUCAGCUCUUCUGCGAGACUUGGAUGGAGGGGUGAGUCCAAAGGUCAGGUGAUAUUCACUAAUGUUGGCACCUUCAAAGCCGACCUCAAGGGUGUCAUCGCCACGAUAUACGAGGUGAUUACCCAGGACACAAAGCUCGCAGAACAGAUCCUCCAGGGCGCAGACAUCUCGACGCUCCAGGAAAAGGAAUGGAUUAAACAUCCUGAUAUAAAUCUCGAUGCGGAUGUGACACACUAUCGACAGAGGCUUGAUAGGUGGCUGCAGUGGCGGAAUCAGCCAGAAAACUUGAUCUCGCACUAUACGCAGGCACCUAGCUACAUUGAGUGGCCACAGCCCUGGCGACCGGAAAUGCCGUUUCUGGACCAGGAAGGCAACUUGAUUGGAGAAUCUAUGCCAAGCACCUGCAUGUCGCGGGCUGCACAAAGGGCCCUUGGUCUCAAGUUCGUCGAGUGGGAGCGGCCUGCCCACAACAAGAUCCCACCCGGUUUCUGUGUGCUCGGGGAUGGGAGGCUGGUUAUGCAGACAGAAUUAGACGGAAACGUUUGA